GCACAAUCCGAUCGUCGUCGGCUCUGGAACUCUGCAUCCCACAUCCCGGCCUGGCCUGUCGCCCACCGCCCCAUACCCACAGCCGCUCGACCAGCACACCCGGCCGCCGCUGCUUCCGACUAUUUCGAAAUGAGCGCAGCAGCCAGCAGCAGCACCGACGGCCAAAAGGCCGCCCAGGAAGAUCCCGUCGGCCCCAAGCGACUCUAUAUCGGCGGCUUGACAGACAAUAAUCCUUCGAUCGGCCGCGAGCUUGCUGAGCGAUUCAAGUCGUUCGGAGCGGUCGUCUCGGUCGAUGUACCAAAUGACAACGGAAUGGGCCCGAGGGAUUUCCGCUACAUCCAGAUCAACACCACAUCGGCGCAGCUCAAGAAAUGCAUCAAUAUCUACAACAACUCGAAAUGGAAGGGCAUGAAGCUCAAGGUUCAAGAAGCCAAGCCCACAUACGUGCAGCGCCUGAAGCGGGAGUGGGAGGAGGCUGCCGCAACAAAGCCGCUUUCGAACGACGAGGUGAUCAAGGUCCGUCGAAAGAAGCUUAAGCGACGGCCUGUCGUCUACGCCGAGGACAUGACCCUGGUGACCGACGAGAACAUGCGAACGCGGAAGAACUGGCGCAAAGCACGAUACGGCCGGGCUAUUGCUAUCGUCAAACUGAAGCACGAUCGAACCAAGCGGGUGAGCAAGAGCAGAUGGAGGGAUAGAUCAGAGCGAAUGAAGAUCGAGACGGAGCUGUGCUCGGAGCGAUGCCUCCACCGGUCCUGGAUUGGCUGACACGGACCAACACAAUGAUGCUCGGACUAGGUGAUUACGAUCGACCCGCUCA